AUGUCAGAUGAUGAGAUUAAGCAGUUGUGCUUAGUGGAUAUAGACAAGAUCUUACAUUCCUAUGGUAAAACCUUGAAAGACUAUCCUCCUAUGCCUUUAGCAACUGAAGUUGAUAGUUCUUUGUUAACCGAAAGGGUUAUUAGGGAAGAGCUAAACUUUAACAGGGAUGAUUUAAAGAAAAAUGCCUCAGACAUGUUAGCCAACACAACACCUGAGCAGAGAUAUGCAUUCGAUAAAAUUGUUACAGCUGUGUAUUGUGAGGAAGGGGGUUUUUUCUUUGGUCAUGGGGGUACUGAAAAAAUAUUUCUUUUGAACCUUAUGUCUGUUGAGAUUCGCUCAAGGGGUGAUAUAGUGUUAAACAUUGCUUCGAGUAGUAUUGCAUCUUUACUUCUUCCCAAUGGAAGAACGGCAUACUCAAGGUUCGAAAUACCGCUGAAUAUAACUGAGGAUUCUGUAUGUAACAUCAAACUUGGUUCUCCUCAAGCAAUGUUACUGUUGAAAGCCAAACUUAUAAUUUGGGAUGAGACUCCAAUGGUUAGUAGGUACUGUUAUGAAGCACUUGAUAAAUGCUUGGGUGAUAUAAUGAAGUGUUCUCCAACAUAUAGCAAAGAUUUGCCCUUUGGAGGAAAAGUGAUUGUACUAGGUGGAGACUUUAGACAAAUUCUUCCUGUUAUUCCACGAGGAUCGAGACAAGAUAUCGUUCAUUCAACCAUGAAUUCGUCUUACCUUUGGAAAUUUUUUCAGGUGCUCAAACUAACAAAAAACAUGAGACUCUCCAUAGGGACGACUGCUUCAAAUCAAGAUGAGACAGAGCAAUUUGGUGAGUAG